AUGCCCUCCGUCUCCGACUUCCCCGAGCUGCAGGCCCUCCUGGCUACCAACGAGAGCUGGGCUAAGAACACGGCUGAGAACGACCCGGAGCUCCUGCCCACGCUGGCCACUGGACAGAAGCCCGGUUUCCUCUGGAUCGGAUGCGCCGACUCGCGUGUGCCCGAGACCACGGUGCUUGGCAAGAAGCCAGGAGACGUCUUCGUUCACCGCAACAUCGCGAACCAGUUCCACCUCGACGAUGCGUCCGCGAAUGCGCUGCUGAACUACGGUGUCCUGCACGUUGGCACGAAGCACGGUGCGUUUUACCCGUCCGCAGUGGACCCCCAUCGCAAGACAGAACUGACCCCAGUCAUCGUCACGGGCCACACGGCGUGCGGCGGGUGCAUCGCCGCCCACUCCCUUCCGGCUGACACGGAGCCUUCGAACGCUCUGCUCGAGUUCCUCGGCCCGCUGAUCAAGCUGCGUGCCGGGCUCGGCGCGGAUGCGACCGUCGAGGACCUCAUGGUCGCGAACGUGAAGCAGGGUGUCGAGAACGUCUGUAACUCGGCGGAGGCCUGGGCCAAGGGCAAGGACGUCUACGUCCACGGUUGGGUGUACGACCUGGCUAGCGGGCGCUGCCACGACCUCGGCAUCUCGCGUGGUCCCCCCUCGGCGUAG